AGUUUAGUAUAAGGAUGUGAAGUCGUGUAAGGAAACGUCUCUUUGUUGAAAGGGGACGCGGCCCGGAUUGAAGCUACGACGUAAGGCUCUCAGACGUAAUCGCCGUUCACGUGAUUGAUGAUGACGUCGAAAGCAGGAGCCUCUAAAGUGAAGUGACCUUCUCUCCGACAGAGAGGAACCAUCAGUCGAGAGUAGCACCUGCUCCAACCCCGCACAUAUCCACCAAAAGCUAACGAUGGGCGACAUAGGGAAGGGAAAGAAGGCCUUUGUGCAGAAGUGUGCUCAGUGCCACACAGUGGAGGAGGGGGGCAAACACAAGGUGGGCCCUAACCUGUGGGGUCUGUUCGGACGCAAGACCGGCCAGGCAGAGGGAUACUCCUACACGGACGCCAACAAGAGCAAAGGUAUCGUUUGGGGCGACGCCACCUUGAUGGAGUACCUGGAGAACCCUAAGAAGUACAUUCCCGGAACCAAGAUGAUCUUCGCCGGCAUCAAGAAGAAGGGCGAGCGCGUGGACCUGAUCGCGUACCUCAAAUCUGCGACGUCCUGAAGAGCCGCGGCAUUUCAUGUCCGUGUUUUACUGUAUUUCUUCUCCUGUUUAUUUCUAGACUCCACUCAUGCUGAGUAUGCAGUUUUAUGUUUAGUCAUUUGCUGUUUUUAAGGGUUAUUGUAUGUUGUGUAAAGGUCAGCCAGCGACUGAACAAAUGGCCAGACAUAAAACUACAGAAACGAGGAGAACUCACUUUGUAUUUAAUUUUAACGCUUAUUUUUAAUGACGACGCAUGUCUGGUACUUUCUCCAACAUCAGCCUCAUCUUUAAACUAAGUCAGAGUGAACGGUGGAAAUGUGAGACGCUUUGGUGGUUUUCUGGUGCUAGAAAGGUGUAAACGCUCCGUAUAGGACGGGGUCAGAAACGCCCCAAUUUAUGCUCUUUAGAUUCCUCCCGUUUAAUAAUUACCCUCUUAAAUAAUUAGGUCUAACCCCCCUGCUGCACCGGAGGACUCUGAAGCAGCCCCUCUGCCUUCAAAGGAGUGAAUCAGUGCCUCUUCACAGCGGGGGGGGGGGUUCAAACGAGGCCUUCAGGAGCAGCCCGUUAUUUACCUGGUUUCACAGGCUGGAGAGAGAUGUGUGUUUAACUUAUUUACUGUAACCUGUUCUGGGGGGGGGGGGGGCUGUGGUUGUACAGCAACACACACUGUAUGCACAUAGACAAUAAUAAUACCAACAAUAAUAAGGAGAUGUUGAGUGGCUGUGGAAACGGAGGGAUGAAGGAUUGAAUAAAAGAAAACGUCCACAAGAAA